AUGAGAUGGUGUUUUCCCACUGUGGUGAUGUCCACGAUGGUGAUGUUGACAAUGACAAUGGAGGAAGAAGGGGAGCCCAUUGAUGAUGUGAUGAUGGUGAAGGAUGGGGCACCAAAGAGUGUUUCAUGGAGGAUCGAGGGAGUGCAAACCCUUGGACCACCACAGGAUAAAGAUAAAGAUAAGCAGAGACAAUCGGUUAGGAAAGAUAUAUAUCGUGAGGAAGUGGGGGGACAAUUCUUUGGAAAACAGGUAUAUUAUAAUGAUGAUGAUGAGCGAGUAGAACCCUUCUGGAAAGAGGCACAGGCAUAUCAUGAUAAUGAUGGAGGACAGAUAUUUCAUGAUCUUGAUAAUGUGUCACCAGAAGAAGAAGAAGAAGAAGAAGAAGAAGAAGAAAAUGUGUUUUCUACUAGUACUUCAUCACUUAUGGAUUUAAUUUUCGGAGAUCUCGUCAAUGGUCCUAAUGAACGAAACCAUAUUACAAAGAUGAUGGCGGAUAACAAGGUGAAAGUGGCAGAGAAGGGGAUUUUCCAAGUUUUACAAGAUGAAAAAGAUGAAAAUAGAAAUCACAAUAAUCAAAAGUAUUAUAACCCCCACGCCAUUAAAACCAAAGCAAUGCGUCGCUUCAUUACCCAACAAGCGGUAACUCAUCGGAUGUCCCAAUCAAACCUCAAAUUGCCAAAUAAGGACGAUACCACCGACCUUGCCACCGGGAUGGCCUGGUUCGGAGGACUCAAUACUUUUGCCAAUACUAUUCCUAGAGAAUGUUUCAACGAUGCUAAUGUUGACACUUAUCAAUUUGACGUGGCGAUCGUGGGGGCCGGGUUCGAUACUGCGACAUCGUAUAAACCAGGAGCAAGGUUUGGUCCAAGAGCCAUUAGGUUGGCGAGUUCUCGAUUGGGCGGGGGUGUUUUACCAGUGCGGGGAUAUUUGAAUCGUUAUUUUGGAGGAGGAGGAGAUAACAAUAACAAUAAUAAUGAUGAUGAUGAUGAUGAUCUCUUCAUGCCGAUGUUGGACGUUUAUCGGUAUUUGAACAUUAUUGAUUGCGGAGAUGUGCCGAUGACCCCGUUUGAUAAUCGAAUUGCUUUGGAUCAAUUGUAUAGGGGACAACGAUUGGUUCAUAAGUAUUCGGUGCCGAAAAAUGAUACUGGUGUCAUUACCUCAAAUAUUGGUUCUUCAAAUACCACUACUAGCCGACCAAAGGUCAUUACCCUUGGAGGAGAUCAUACCAUUAGUUUGAUGACGAUCAAGGCGGCAUAUGAGGUAUGGGGCCCAGUGACGGUGAUCCAUUUCGAUAGCCAUCUUGAUAGUUGGGACCCUCUGGUGAUUGGGGGAGGGUAUUCGGAUUACAUGGCGAUCAACCACGGGACGUUCCUUCAUUUUGCGGCAGAAAAGGGGUAUAUCAACAAUAAUUCGAUCCAUGUGGGGAUCAGAGCACCAUUGAUUGAUAGUGAUCAUGAUCUUGACCAUGAUAGAGAUUGUGGGUUCGAAGUGGUGUACGCUAGAGAAAUCGACCACGUAGGGAUCAAAGGGAUUAUCGAUCGGGUGAAGCAGCGAUUAUACAAUAAAGGCGAUGAAAAUGAAAAUGAUAACCUGAACAAAUUCGACGAUACUCCAAUAUUUAUUAGCUUUGACAUCGAUGUGUUAGACCCGGUGUACGCACCAGGAACCGGGACUGAAGAGCCAGGGGGAUGGACGAUUAGGGAAGUGUUGAAUAUUGUCGAUGGGUUAGAAGGGAUCAAUUUGAUCGGGGCGGAUUUGGUCGAGGUGGCCCCGGCUUAUGAUACCAGGGCAGAGACUACCGGGUUGAAUGCUGCCCAGAUUGUUGAUUCGUUUUUGGGGUUGAUUGCUGCUUACAAGUGGAGGAGGAGGAGUGGAUGA